AUGUCCUCUUCUGCUCUGGCGGCCCCAGGGUCAACAUUUCGCGACUUGACCUGCUUUGCGAUUGGUUUCGGGACAGCCUUGCUUGUCAUUGCCUCUGUUGCACUUAGCUUUCGGCGAUCUGAUAUUUAUAAUGUUGAUCACUGGAAGCUCAAUAUUCGCUUGCCGCCCACGUCCAUGUGGAUGAAUAUGGGAUAUUGGAAAACCACAGACAAUGCUCUAAUCCAUCAGUUUGAUGAAGCAUGCCAGAGGUUGCUUGAGGAAGUCUUGAGCACAGCUGGGCUGCUGCCGCCAACUGCCGGUACCCGGCGGGCGAAAACCGAUGUGGCAGUACUCGAUCUUGGCAUUGGGUGCGGAGAUCAGACCAAAUCCCUUGUGCAGCUCCUCGGCAGCGCAGGUAGAAAUCUCCACUAUGUUGGUUUGACAAAUGUCCAAGCACAAGUCAACAUCGCAACAAGACUCAAAGACAAUGAACUUGAAUCCAAAGCUGGUGUUGCUUCGAUUGAGAUAUCCUUGGCCGACGCUGCACAGCCCUCGUCAUGGAGCUCAGCGAUUCACUCUACGCUGCUGGCCCAGAAAGCGGGUCCGUCGCGUAUCCCCCUCUUUCGCUACGCGGCUGCGGAACUCGAUGCCUCGAUCAUGGCCUUUGAUCUUCUCCUCAGCGAUAAGGCCACGCCGGCGCAGCGGCUCAUCGCACAGGCAAUCGGCGUCGCAUCUCAGUGCCCGUGGGGCACGUUUCUACCAUUGGCCGAGUAUCGAGCCCAGCUUGUUGGAGCAGGCUUUGAUCCGGAACUGAUCGAGACCCGAGACGUCACGCCUCAUGUCUUUCGUGGCCUUGUCGAUUUCAUUGACCGUCAAGCCGAGAGCCUGUCUACUUAUGGGAUCGCACUAACGAGAUAUCGAGUUUUUCAAAAAGUCUUGAAGUUCUUUGUCGCAUCUGGAGUUGUACGAGCAGUUAUAAUUGUGGCAAAGCGAAGAUAG